GAAAUAUAUGUGAAUUAUUGCUAAUGUCCACAUCAACAGUUUUUAGUUUCUCGGCGAACCUACAAUGAUUUUCAGGGUUUCUAUGAUCAAGACAAGACCUGUAUUGAUUUCAGGAAUACAAGUAACAUGACGUUACUCCCUUUGUGACUGAUUUGUCCUUUGUCUUGUCGAUGCUGCAGUCUACAACAAAGUUUGAACAAUGAAUGUUUCCAGGUGGCAGUCGAAGCAAGCCAAGGUCAUUAUAAGAAGGCUAGCUAAAGGACAAUACCUGCCAACAGUUAACGCUCAGAGUUCAACGUUGCAACGACUAACUAUACUUGACCUCUUCAUUCUCAACAUCAUGGAAUCCGCAAACGCAUACGCCGCGGCAUUGUCUACACUGCUUUCGCGUCGCGCCGCAACGGCAAGCUCGCUCCAGGGGCCAUCAAAACGCCCUCGAGCUAUACCGGACGUAUUCGGGAAAAAAUACAACCCCAUGUGCCGAAAGAUGUUAGGAAAAGGUGCAUUCCUGAAGGACGAAACUCUGGUUCGGGCUAAAGACGGCAAAAUCAUUCGGUCACCGGAGACAGAAUCGCAGUCAAUGACAAGACUCGUUCAGAACGGGAAUACGCGCCAUGGCAUUCCACGUCAUGAGUGCCCUGACUUCGGCGGACAUGCAACAAGGACGGGGGAGGACGGGGCACCAUUUCAGACCACGUAUGACUUAAUCCAUGUUGACACGUCCUCAACACGGCUGGAUGUGAUGAAUGGAACAUUAGCCAUUGCUGAGGAUUGCCUGGAAGGAUAUGGAACGAUGUACAGUUAUACGGGGAACGGACUAAACGUGGAGAUUGACGUCGAUCCAUGGCAACUAUCCGAGGAGAACAGAAUAUUCGACAUGUUCAUCAACGUGGAGGAAUGCGCUGCAUAGGGGGAAAGAAGGGUCUAUGAUUAGACGCCCAUAAUGACACAACCGUACCGUACUAAUGCCUUUAAAAUUUUAAUACUAGAUAUA